AUGGAUGAGGAUAUUUUCUAUGUUGCAAAUCUGAUGAUCAGUGCUCCUGAAGUCUGGGGAAUUAUACGUGGGUUAGAAACAGUGUUGCAACAUAUAUACAAAGAUGAAUGGGAAGGGAGAAAUAUACGAAUAUUCACAUUGGAUGAUUCACCUCGAUUCUCACAUCGUGGACUCAUGAUAGACACAUCGAAACAUUUCCUCACCAUUGGAGAAAUUCACAAGUUCAUUGAUGCAAUGGCCAUGGUGAAAAUGAAUGUUCUACACUGGCACAUCACAGACACUGAAUCAUUCCCAUUCGUCUCCUCCAUGUAUCCUGAACUGUCAAACAAGGGUGCAUAUCAUCCUGAGGCCUAUGUGUAUCAGCGUAAUGAGAUAGUUGAUUUACUGGAGUAUGGGCGUCUUCGUGGAAUCCGAAUAAUUCCGGAGUUCGAUACACCAGCACAUACACAGUCAUGGGGAAAUGGCUAUCCCGAUGUACUCACUCCUUGUCAUACUCAAGACGACGAAGGAAAUCAAAUACUCGGUCCUGUCAAUCCAACCAAUCUCACCUUCAUUCAGAACUUGUACCACGAAAUUCGCCGUGUGUUUUCUGCUGACAACCACGUUCAUUUAGGCGGAAAUGAUGUGGAUUUCACAUGCUGGCAGUCCAAUCCUGACAUCACAAAAUUCAUGCAGGAGCAAGGAUUCAACAAUGACUAUACAAAGUUGAUGAACUACUACAUGACACAACUUGUAGAAAUUGUCAGGGCCGCAUCGUUGGGAUCUCCAGUGGUUCCGAUUGUUUGGCAGGAUGUAUAUCAGGAUGGAUUUCGUAGUGACAAGGACAUCAUUUUUCAAGUAUACAAAUCUGAUGAAUGGAAGAAGAGUGUUGAGGAGAUCACAAGAGCGGGAUUCAAAGUUCUCAUAUCGUCGUGUUGGAAUUUCAGUGAUGUGAGUCUCGGAGACGACUGGCGAGCGUUCUACGAGUGUGAUCCCUUGGAUUUCGAAGGAAGUCCAGCGGAACUGGCACUGGUCAUUGGAGGAGAAGGUGUGA